UUGGAACAAUCCUGUGAUAGCGCACUGUUCUUACUGCAUUGGCAUUUUGUAGGUCUUCUGCGAUUGCAUUUCCCAUUUGUGAGGCUCAAGUGAGGCAUUACUUCUACAGGCUGUCCGCUACACUGGAGCAGCUGCCAACACACUUUGAAUCGAACUCGCGCGGGCUCACAGCCAUGGAAAAGCCAGUAAGACCAUACACAGGUUCGGAGGAAUCAUCUCAGUCGGAAAACGAGGAGCUUCUGCCACCACUUGAGGCAGUACGUCGACAACUGGACGCCGACCUUGCUCCAAGCUCAGCACUGAAGGUGUACCUGCGUAUUCGACCAAGAGUUGGGGGCAGGGCGUUCACAAAUCCUGCGUUCCGUGCAUGUGAUGAAACAACUGUAGAGUCCACCACCGCCACUCUAGAACAUCAACAUCAAAAACGUUUUAGUUUUACGAAGGUUUUUCCCGAGGGCUGCAGCCAGACGCAGUUGUUUCAGGUGGUGCGGGCUCCAGUUGAUGCCUUCGUGCGAGGAGCCAAUGUGUUGCUCUUUGCAUAUGGUCCCACUGCUGGGGGCAAGACCUACACCAUGCAGGGUCCACCGACUGACCCAGGAGUCGUGCCACGCACCCUUGAAAGAAUAUUCAAGCUGCUUGGGUCUCGGGUGUGCAAGGGGGCACCAGCGCGCCCCGACUGCUUUGACGACGUCGUCCCGCUCAGCGCAGAAGAGGAGGCCUCUGCGCUUUUGCGGAAAGGCAAAUUAUUGGACGAUAAGGCAGCCCGCAGCGCUGUCGACUUCAGCACCUUCCGUAUGACCUCGAGUAGCAGCGAUGAGUCCCUAAUUAACAGCUGUGACAGCAACUAUGACAAAGCACAGGUAUCGCUGUGGCUCUCCUUUUAUGAAAUUUACAACGAGGGCAUUUACGACCUGCUCCUCCCAUCAGCUGAGGCAGCUACAAGGAAGAAAGGCGGCCAGCGGCGCACCAUUCUAAAGUUGGGUGAAGACCGGGCUAAACGCGCAUUUGUGCGCGGUCUCGUCGAAGUGCCCGUGCACUCGGCUGAUGAAGCGUAUCGGCUGUUCUGCCUGGCGCGCAACAACCAGACGUUUGCCGAGACAGAACUCAACCGCAGCUCGAGCCGCAGCCACUGCGUCUUCACGGUGCGGCUGGUGAGCUCUAGGUUGGACUGGCACGUCAAAAACUGGCACGUCAACACAAUGAUGCUCUGCGACCUGGCGGGUUCGGAGAGGCCAUCCAAAGCCGGCACUGAUGGGCCACGGCUUCGCGAAUCUGGCCGCAUUAACAACUCUUUGGUGGUGCUCAGCCGCUGCUUGGAGGGCCUACGUAGCAACCAGGACGCGUCCAAGAAGGCUCCGGUGCCCUUCCGAGAGAGCAAGCUCACCCAGGCAAUGCAGGCCUACUUCACUACGGGUGCGCAAGUCUCUCUGGUUGUCAACAUCUGUCCAGCCAUGUCGAUGCUCGAGGAGUCGCUUAAUGCGCUGAAGUUCUCGGCUGUUGCCAUUGAAGUGGUGCCACAGCAGCUCGAAUCGCGCCAUGUUCGCUGCAAAAAGGCUGUUCGUCGGCUCACUGAGCGGUGGCACCGUGCCAUGGGAGGCGACGAACUUCGCGAUUCCCUUGCACAAAAGCUAGCUGAUGAAGGGGCAGCACCAGCAGCCUUGGAUGCAGAUGAUGCUGCUGAGCUCUUCGAGACCAUCGAGGCACUCGAGCGGGAUCUGGAGGAUACCCGGGGCCAACUCAAGUGGGCGCAGAAGAUGGCUGCCGCAAACGAAGCCCAAGUCGAUGACUACAAGGCCCUGGUGAAAGAGUUGGAGCAGGAGCUGUGCAAGCAGCGCGAUAGUGCUGACCGAGAGAUGGCAAUUCGCGUCCGCAAUGCCUGCGAGAUCACACGGCUUGAGCUCUACCGCCAGGCCGAGCGAGACUCUACCAUUGACCUGCGGGGGCGCCUCGAGGCAGCGGAGCGCGAAGUCGCUGAACUCAAGGAAGAGCUGCGCAAACAGGCGGUUGCACAAAAUGUGACUGAACACAUGGUCAGUGCGCGCUUCGCAUCGACUUCUGCAUAUGUUAAGGCUCCUCUGCCCUGCACUUUUGGUGGUUGCUCAGCAGUAUGGGCUCAACGUUCGUUCAGUAGGUCAAUAUUUAUAGCAGUAGAGUUGCUACUUUUCGUCCGACAUUUCAAUAAUUUUGGACACUGAGCAGUAAGUUCUAAACAAGUUCUAUGGAGUAAAAUACCUCGAGAUUCUCAGUAAUUC